AUGGAGAAGCUGAACAAGCUGACUGUGCCAGCCGGGGAGAAGUUCAGGAAGCUUCAGAAGAUGGUGCAUGACAUGAAGAAAAAUGAAAGUGGGAUAAUAAACAAGUUCAAAAAGUUCCAAAAUGAACAAGUGGCCUUAAUAUGCAAAACUGGGAAAGAUACUUGGGAUCGGCUGAAAAAAAAAACUCCACCAAGUCUACCACAAAGGGAUUAUGCUUCAGAACAUGCAGACAAUGAAGAGGAACAAUGGUCAGAUGAUUUUGACAGUGAUUAUGAAAAUCCAGAUGACCACUCUGACUCCGAGAUGUAUGUGGUCCCCAGUGAAGAGAAUCCUGACGACAGUUAUGAGCCACCUCCAAGUGAGCAGGACAAAAAGAAGAUUCCUUCUGCAUUCCCUGUUUCUAGGGGUGAAUAUGCAGACAAUCGCACCAGUCACCAGCAGCUUUCUCCCAGCAAUAAACCUCUUCCAAGUACUCCCAGUCCAGCCACAUCCAGACCAAAGAAACCAUCCCUGCCAUUGCCAUCUGCUGCAAAACCAAAAUUACCACCAAAGCCAAAGGAACAUAAUGAUGAUGAGGAUAACUACAUUGUGCCAGUGGACAAUGAUGAUAACUAUAUUGAACCCACAGAAAGCAGCAUGUCACUACCUACAAGAUCUCCUGUGAACAGACUUAUGAAAACAACAAAGCCAGCCCCCUGUACUUCUCCAAAGCCUUCUCAGACUUCAGAUAUGCAAGAAGUCUACGAGGUUCCUGAAGAAGAGGAAAAACCAUCACUACCACCAGUAACCAGGUUCACUAAGCCACUUCCAUCUACACCUGCUCAGAACACAGAGAUCUCCCACAUGCAUAGCAAGACUAGAGAGUCACCUAAGCUGGAUACUUCCAGAAAUAUUUUGCCUCUUCCCAGAAACCAUCUUCAUCCAAAAGCAGACCAUGAAGCAAACAAUAAUGAUGAAAACCAUAGCUUCAGUAACACACAAGAAUCCAGAUUUCCCACUGGAGUAGCUCCAUCUCCAUUACCAAGGGGCAUAAAGAAAACUUCUAAUGCAGUAAAUUCACCAAAACCGUGUUUACCUUCCAGACAGACCUUAACUGCAAAUGAAGAAAAACCUACAGCAGCAGAACGACGACGAGGUUCCACCCAAGAGCUUCCACUUCCGCCCCUUCCAAGUGGUGCCCAAAAGCUUUUGCUCCAAAAGUCCUCAGUUCUGUCAAAAGUGCCAGAAGCUGCAAACCGUUCACUGGGUACUUCCCCUCACAGCAGCAUUUCAUCUAUUUCAAUUACUGCAGACCAGGAUGCUGGUGUUCAUAGUAAAGCAUGGUAUGUGGCUACCUGUGAUCGGAAAACAGCAGAAGAUGCAUUGUACCGAUCAAACAAGGAUGGAUCUUUUCUGAUAAGAAAGAGUUCUGGACAGGAUUCACGGCAACCAUACACACUGGUUGUGUUUUACAACAGAAGAGUAUACAACAUUCCUAUACGAUUUAUUGAAUCAACAAGACAAUAUGCCCUAGGCAGAGAAAAAAACGGUGAAGAGCGCUUUGACAGUGUUGCUGAAAUAGUAGAGAAUCAUCAGCGUACCUCCCUCGUUCUAAUUGACAGCCAAAACAAUACAAAAGACUCAACAAGACUGAAACACAUUGUAAGAGUUUCUUAAUCAAACUGAACUGCUAAAAUAAAGACUUUUUAAAAAGAAUUUAUUUCAACAUCCCAAAACAUGUGGAUCAGGUAUUAAGAGAAGGAAAUCCAAAAUGAAGGAAUACUCUUUAAAAAGAGCACCUACUGAGUAGCAAGAGAUGCAGCUCAAGCUCAACCCCAUGUCACUUU